UCCUCGAGCGGUGGGCGGGCCGCCGGCAGCCGUUACCCGACAAGCCCCGGGAUACUACUCGUUAGGAAGCAGAGUAGGCGGUAAAGGCGACCUGGCGGAGAGGUGCAACAUCGGGGACGCGGGCGACACUCAUGAAUGUACAUCUUUGAACUAUGCAGGCCACUGCAGUGGUAGAAACAGAUUCUGAUAAAAACUACCAUAAAAAUGGAGGAAACCUCCAAAAAGAUAAACCUUAUAAUAAUCUUAAGAAAGAAAGUAUGUUCAAUGGUUGCAACGAAGUCAAAUUGACUUUUCCUGAUGGUGAAUGGGAUUCCUUGGCAGCAGAACAAAGAGCUAGUGACAAAGAAAUCAGCAAUAUUGACAAGACAGAUUUAUCAGAACCAUCUUUUUCAGUAAAUCAAGAUACUAAUGUAGAGAAGAUUUUCUCUCAGUCAAGUGAAUUUGAAGACAGUAUUGACUGUGCUCUUUUGAAUGAGACAUACUCUAUACAUUGCUCAGAAUCAAAACUCAAGAAUGAAAAUCUUCCACAUUUAUAUUCAGAAUUACGUCCAGAAGUGCACAAGAAAGUGGAGGCAUUGUUUGACAUUCUAGGACCGCAAGAUAAUAAUCAUGUUGGCUUGGAAAGGAGCCAUGAGCUUUCCGGUGGAGCUUGUGGAGACGCGCAGAGGAGCGGCAUGGAUGAUGAUUCGCAGCAGGAGUAUCACAGUGCAGAGCAGGAGUGCAUCAGUACAUACUUACUUCCCGAUCCAGCUAAAACAGCAAGCACAUCCAGCCUGGAUGUUAGGGAGGUGAAAACAUCCGGCUGUGGCAUUACAUGUGUUGGCAAUUUAGAAGAUAACCAUGUCAAAUUAGAGAGUGCUCCUAGCGCCUCUUUGGAGUCACUUAGUGUCUUUGCACAAGAAUGUUCACCUCAUGCCUCUACAUCUCAGAGUUCUGAUAUGUUAAAAGAAUACCAUCAACCCAAAUUUGAGAAGCGUAAACAAGAGGCUGGUUUACUAACCCGUAAAGUGUUUGAAGACAUUUUACAGAGAAGCAGCUCUCCCUUAAACCCUCAGAAAGUACCCCAAACUAAAAUGUUUGCUAAGGAAAUGAAAUCUCAGACAAUUGAAAGGAAAGAUUUUUGCGGAAGUAGAAUUUUCCAGAAUAAAACAUUACAGCGCCCUGAGAACCCUAUCUCAUUUCCCCAAGACCAACCCCCUGAGACACAACUGAAGGCUAAUAAUACUAAUAACACUCACCAGCCUUCUGGGACUUGUAUUUUUGAUGACUCAGUCAUUUCUCUCUGUGGCUCUUUGCAAUACAAAAGCCUCCCUGAAGCAGGCUUUUUUUCUCCUGUGCUGCCAAGGGUAGCUGUCACAGAUAGCCAGGCAGAAGUAGAGGACAGCUGCAUACACUAUGUAAAAAGCGGUGCCACAAAUAACACAUGCUCUCCUGAUGUGAAAGAAGUGUGUCUUGAGUCAGUGCCAGAUGCAGCGAGCUAUUUGUUUACAGAGCCGCAGACACUGGACGUGAGCAGAGGAGCAAAUGCAAGAUCUUCUGUAGUGUCUACCUCAAGCAACACAGAGCUAACGAUGAAAAAACAUCAGCCUGAUGUGUGGCAAAGUGAGAAACAAAGUGUCGCUUGUAAUACAGACUGGUCAUGCAGACAGGAUUGCAGAGAUGGACAGGUGGCUGUACCAAAAGAAUCAGGAAGGUCACCAUUAAUUGACUGUUUAAGUUCCCCGAAUGAGAAUUCCUUGGAAUUAAGAAAAACAUCUGAUAGCCCAGACAAAAAGAAACGUCCUGAGAGGGCAUUUCAGCUUUGUGAAGAGAUGACUUUGCCAUCCAAGUGCUGUGAGAAGACCGUUGAGAGGGCCGUGAAGGCAGAGAUGCACCUUUUGGACGUCUGCUAUCAGAUGUGCCGUCACCACUGCUGUCACAUUCACAAGCUUGUCAUGGAAAGUAGAGCAGGAGUCAAUAGGAAUUUACCAAGCAAUUCUGCUAAGAAGGAAUUAGGAUCAACACUGCUAUCUGUUCUGGGAGACUUGAAAGUUAGGUACAUGAACUUGAAAGAAAAAGUCCACAAGGGCAUACCACUGGAAGAGCUGCCUCCACUGUCGAUGGAGUCCAAACUGUUAUCUGCCUUCUCCAAUUUUGCUUCCGGGCUAAUGGAAGAGGAAGCAUGUGGCCUUUCAGGAGCAAAUUCUGAGCUGGAUAAUCAAAGUGUACCUGAUGUAGAUACGUCUCCGAGCCUACAAAAGACAUUGUCCCAGAGACUGGAAGUGAAGGGGAUAGGCAAGCCACGAUGUAUUGCCAGCAUCAUCGUGAGCCAGAGGGAGCAACUGCUGUUUAGCUCUUCAUUUCGUGAGAUGUCUUUUGUAUCUGACAAUAGUCAUCUUAAACAAGAUAAAUCACCCAUUAAUGAUGGAUUUAAAAAUGGUGAUAUAAACAUAGACUUUACUCAGCUGAAGCUCGAUGAUAAAGAAUACAAAAGUGUUCGUGAAGUAAGUGAAGACUGGUUUGAUGCAACAGAGAGGCUGACUGGAGUUGACUUCUCGGGGACUCAAGAAAAUGGAACAGAACACGACGGGGGGAGCCCAAAGAGUCCAUUAGAGAUGAAGAACGGUGAACUGCUUCGAAGAAGUAAAGGCUUUUUGAUACAUGUUGGUGGUCUUUGCCCUUCUGUAUCUGAGGCUGAUUUAAGGUCUCAUUUCCAAAAAUACCAAGUUUCUGAAAUUUCAAUUUAUGAUUCUACCAAUUAUAGAUAUGCAUCUCUUGCUUUUACAAAAAACAGUAAUGCAAAGAUGGCUGUGCAGGAAAUGAAUGGUAUAGAAAUCAAUGGAAAAUCAGUGAACGUGCGGCUUGUGAAAAUUCCUGGAGAACACACACCACCACUUUUAUCCAAAAAUGGGAAUAACACUGGUGUGAAUCAUUUGGAGAAAAUAACCAACAAAGAAGGCGCCUUUGCUUCUUCCACUUGUAGACUGCCCCGAGCUAGACUAAGGCAGCUGGAGUCUGAGCAAGACAGUGAGUUUCCUCCCUUGGAGCAGGGUGUCAAGAAAAAUUGUAACCAGAUUGAAUCUGCUCGAUUAUUACCUGAGACACCUGUUCCAUUCAUCCCUCCAAAUACGUUGAACCUUCGUAGCUUCACCAAGAUCAUGAAGAAACUGGCUGAGCUGCAUCCAGAAAUCAGCAGAGACCACAUUAUAGAGGCUCUUCAGGAAGUGAGGAUAAAUCAUAAAGGUUUUCUGAAUGGUUUGUCCAUCAAUACCAUUAUCAAAAUGACUUCAUCUUUUCUGAGAAACUCUGCUUCCCGCUAGGAAAAAAAGAAGCAAUACAGAGAAAAUCCUUAGAAAGUGUGAAUACCCUUCAUCAGAGAAUGUUCUACAGCACUUAGGAAAAAGUUGUGGUAAUACAAUCAAACAGCCUCUAUAAUUGGACCUAACACUUUAAAUAUUCUUUUUGAUAGUCCUUUAAAAUCUAGCAACAACAACUAUAUCUAUAGUAUUAAAAUCUGCAUGUUUUAUUAAGUUUAUAAACUUUACUUCAAAAUUAUUACUCAAGAUUUCAAGCUGUAUAUUUUCAAUUAGAAAAAAAUGUGGUCAUGUCCUUUUAUAAAUCAUCUCUAAUAAGUCCAUUUAAAAAAUACUGUCCAGAAAAAAGUUUACUGUUUCAAAGUUCAUUGCAUAUGUAAAAAUUAUAUAAAAUUUUUACAUAAUUCCAUCUGUAAAAAUGGGGUUGUCAGGAGCUCGCAUUGUAGUUUCAGCUCUUAAGACUCAGAUUGGACCGGAGAGUACAGAUAAGAUGAACUCAGUAUGCGCAGAGAUACAUACUGCUUGGGAUGCAUUAGUGUGCUUUGACGACAGAGUAAAGCUUUUGGAUAUGUUUCCCCAGGUGUGCUGUGGCAAAGUCCUGAAAUUGAAAAGGUCACCAUAUUCUGGCCUGAGUUUUACUAAGUUCUGUUGUACUCGAGUAUAAAUUGAAACAGUUUUCAAAGGCUAAUGUGGUUCCCUGUCUUCUAGCACUAUGGAAUGUGAAGUUAACCCUGUUUGCUUUCUAAUAGUAACUAAUACACUGGUUAAAGCCGCAUUUGUACUAAUAAUAACCUUAACAUUUAGUACCUUUCCAAAUGUUUAAACUGUUUCUAUCCAAUACUGCAUUGUUGUUGCUUGAUUAAAAAUUACGCAUUAAGCAUUUA